AGGUUAAACCACAACGACUGGAUUAAGCAGUAUGAAACGUUAGCUGAUAUGGUAGUUCCAAGGUCUAGCAACGUUCUCUCAGAGGACCAAGACAGUUACCUUUGUAAUGUCACCUUGUUUAGGAAGGCAGUUGAUGACUUCAGACACAAAGCCAGGGAAAACAAAUUCAUCGUACGUGACUUCCAGUAUAAUGAAGAGGAGAUGAAAGCAGAUAAAGAAGAAAUGAACAGGCUUUCUACUGACAAGAAAAAGCAAUUUGGACCACUUGUACGGUGGCUUAAAGUGAAUUUCAGUGAGGCGUUUAUUGCGUGGAUUCAUGUGAAAGCGUUGAGGGUUUUUGUUGAGUCUGUUUUAAGGUAUGGCUUGCCAGUGAACUUCCAAGCGAUGCUACUUCAGCCCAAUAAGAAAACAAUGAAGAAACUAAGAGAAGUAUUAUAUGAAUUGUAUAAACAUCUGGAUAGCAGCGCAGCAGCUAUUAUUGAUGCUCCUAUGGAUAUUCCAGGCUUAAAUCUGAGUCAACAGGAAUACUACCCCUAUGUGUACUACAAGAUUGAUUGCAACUUGCUGGAAUUCAAGUGAAAAUGAACUCCUCCCCAGACAGUCCUGUCCUUGUGUUGGUGUAUGCUCACAGACGUAGAUAUGACAGUACUUUUAUCUCUUUAUUAUCCUUUGCUUGCCUCUGACCCCUUUUCCUAAGUGAGUUCUCCCGUAGUGGUCCAUUUCUCAGCAUUUUCUUUUUAAAGGAAAAUAUAUGUCUCAUUUCUUUUUAUUGAUCAGGUCUGUAAAAUGUGUACUGAAAAAAUCAGAGUUUAUUUAUAAACAGAAUAGUUUAUUUAAACAGAAAGUCUUUCCUCAUUGGUAUUGUGGUAUGCAUUAAUUCCAUUUGUUACUAUUGUGCACAAAAGCCUUGUUUACAAGGGAGUGGUGUAAACAUUUAUACCAUUUUGUCCACUGUGUUUAGUAGACAUAACUGUUCAGUAGUUAUUAAAUUGUGAUGUAAAGAAAUGUGAGAAUAUUCAGGUAUGUGCUUUCUGAAUGUUUCAAAUUACAGUCUAUGAGCACUGUUGACACCCACAGGAGAGAAUAAAAUUACCUGUGCAAAGGUG